AUGUCAAAUUCAAUGUAUAGAAGGCCGUCAGACUUGCCUGCCACCACUCGACCCCCCUCUUAUACCACAGACAUACCUCUCAACAGAUCUUCUAAGCCAGACACAUUUCGUAAUGCUGGUCAGCAUCGCGGUUCAGUAUCUGCAAACACGCCUAGGGAGUCACCGAAGUCGCCAUACAAAUCUACGCAAACAUUUUCAAGAGACAACUCAGAAAGUGAACCCAAGGACAACCCUCACAAAUUUUGCGAGAACUGUGAUCUUCACAAGGAACCAAUAUGGAAUUGUUCAUAUUGUGAUAUGAACUUCUGCGACGACUGUUGGGGUAAGCAAGGUCCACAUAAGCGAGGCCGUACGGGUCCAGAUGGACUGCCACACGAGAAAGCCGAUCCAGCAAUUGUUCGCCGAUUAAAGGAGAUCCUGACGCCACCAAAGGACCACGGCGAACAACAAACGCUACAUGUUGAAGAUGAGGAUACGACCUGGUUCGGUCUCUCUCGCGACUAUCUGGACCGACCUGUGUUCCAGGAUUACGACCGGUACUCCACAAUAAUGACCGACAGUAACACUGGCGAGUACAAGUUUCGAUAUCCGCAACUGGUAUCAUUUAUUGGGCAAACAGGUGCUGGAAAGAGCACCAUCAUCAAAAUGCUUAUUGAUCAGCAACAACGGCAAUAUCACCCAGGUGAUUGUAUCCUGCCUUCUCCGGUCGCCGGAUCUUUGGCUAAUGGCAGCGUUCCCACUUCCGGUGACGUACACCUUUAUAGUGACCCAAAGUCGUACGCUGCCCAAUAUCCAAUGCUCUAUGCCGACUGUGAGGGUUUGGAAGGCGGCGAGGCCCUUCCAAUGGGAGCACAGUAUCGUCACCAUGCCUCAAAUCAGAGCAGAGAGAAAGGGAAAGAUCACCAUUCAUCCAAGGACCGUGGCAAGCGUAGGAAGAUGUCCAAAGGGCUGCGCUGUACCCAACGGGAUAUCAAAUGGGCCAAUUCACCAGACAAACAAAAGAGGCAGUAUGCCGUUGAAGAAUUGUAUCCGCGAUUGUUGUAUACAUUCUCAGAUGUCAUCGUGUUCGUCCUCCGCAAUCCCAAAGUAUUCGAGUCGACUGUCCUAGCAUUACUGAUUAAUUGGGCGUCCUCUUCUCUCGAGAAGUCGCUCAAUCAGCCUACACUGCCGCAUGCCGUCAUUGCCCUCAACGCCACUGAGACUAAAGUCGAUCAACAGGAGUGGGACUCUGAAUUUGUCACCAAUAUGCUGAUGACCAGCGUCGCAGGUGCUGUGGACAGAGAUCCCACAUAUCGUGCUCUGAGAGACGAAUGGGUCAGUCGUGGUAAACGUAUUCGAACAAUGAAGGAUCUUCUCGAGUGUUAUUAUUCCUCAAUCACUGUUGUGCGGAUACCAGGAGAUGGCCGAUACAUGAUGAUUGACGACCAGAUUAAGAAGCUUCACGACGUCAUCACCAAGCGCUGCAAUGAGUCUUUCAAUGCCAAGCGUCGCUCUCGUAUGCUUUCGAAUUCGGAAACUCUUAAAGUCUACCUAGAGUGUGCUUUUGAUCACUUUGCCCAGGAUUUGCACACACCCUUUGAUUUCAUGGAUGUCUCGUUCAAAAUCAAUCCUAUACCCUUGGACUUCGGAGGUAAUAUUCUGAAACUGGCUGUUGCUCUCAAAGACCGAUUCGAAGAUCCCAGAAGGAUCUUCAAGGAAUUGAGCUUCAUGGUCUCAUCAUGCAUACUCCUUGACAUUGUUCGCCAAAGCUUGCGAGGUCCUGCAGAUCAACUACUAGAAAAGCAGUAUCUGUAUCACUGUGAUAGCGCUCUUGAGGACUUCUGUGCUAUAUUCUGGCCUUGCACGUUCCACAACAAACGUGGCGAGCGAUGUGUGAACGUCAAGGAGCGUCACACCAAGGGACAUCAGAACAGGCGCGGGAACAUUAUAGGGACCGGACCCUACGAAGCGAAAUUUACGUUUGAUGAUUUCGCAGAGGAGUGGCUUCAGUACCUCCGCCAGUCUGUGCUCGAGAUUGAGAAAGGCCUCAAUUCGGAGGUGGUCACAUCUCAAUCCACUGACAUCGUAAUCAUGACGAAGAUCCACCAGGUCAACGUGAACAGCUUCUACCAUCGUGUCGGUGGUGCCCAACGAUUCGUCAGCCACUGUACCUGCUUUUGCUGCUUGAGGGAGUUAGCCGAGCAUCCUCUACCUUGUGGUCAUGUGCUCUGCACUCCCUGCAUCCAUGGCUAUGGCAAACCUCAUAACGAGUUGCCAGGAUCUUAUACAGUAGCUUCAUGUCCGCUUCAUGAUUUUGAUGCGGUAUUUCGGGUACCUUCAGAAAUUAUCUUCAAGCCACAGCUUGCGGGCGUACGUGUUCUAGCUCUGGAUGGUGGCGGCAUGCGCGGCAUUGUUAUUCUUGAAGUUCUCCGAAAGAUACAAUAUGAACUGGGCAAUCGCAUCCCCAUACAGGAGUUCUUCGAUUUAAUAGUGGGAACAAGUACUGGGGGUAUCCUAGCUCUUGGACUGGGUAUCAAGAAUUGGACUGUGGACUACUGUAUCAAGGUGUUCCUACGACUUGUAGAGAAAGCCUUCACCCGGAAAUUCGCAGGUGGGAUAGCUUUCGGUACUACCAAGUAUCGUACACGGCCUUUGGAGGAAGCUUUGACCGAGGUAUUUCAAGAUGAUCCGCUAUUUGGAGGAGUUCCUGAUACGCUCAUCGGGAGCACCCGGAAAGUAGCAGUUACUGCUGCGACAGAGACUGCUGAGCAAGCCGUGAUUUUCACGAACUACAAUAGAGCAGAUGAUGAGCAGAUCGGGGCACGAGCUACUUCUGCUGCACCGACCUAUUUUAAGCCUUUCAAAAACUCACGCACACACGAGGGCUUUCUAGAUGGAGCGGUCUUUCACAACAAUCCUGUGAGGAUAGCCAACUAUGAAAGCAAACUUCUUUGGCCGGAUGCCGAAGAACAUCAUCCUGACAUUUUGCUCUCGAUUGGCACAGGUCACAAUGGUGUACAGUCAGAUGGUGAUCAAGACGCUACACUGUAUGACCGCCGACACUUGCAUCUGCGGAAGGUCUUCAAUCAAGUAAAGCCAAACAUCAGCGAGAAGCCCUCGUUCCCUGGGCUGAGGGCCCUCAACGAGAUAGAAUCUUUAGUUAGCAUGUUCAAGAAGCGUGCCGAAAGCGUUCUCAAUGCCGAACUUACAUGGAGAGAGUUCCGAAAAGAUGUUGUUGGGACGUCUUCCCCAAUCGCAGCCGAGAGAUACAUUCGGCUUAAUCCAAGGACGCAGAAUCGCACACCAAAGAUGGAUGACAAGGCUCAGAUCCAGUCUCUUCAUGACGAGAUCAAGUCAGGCAUGAAUACGCACGGCAUGCGGAUCAAAAUCGAGGGGAUUGCACAUCGACUCGUUGCCAGCUCCUUCUACUUUGAGAAGCAAGGCGCUUCACGGGAGGCUGGGGAUCUUAUUACGAUACAGGGCACUGUGCAAUGCAGAUUUGGGUCUGGAUCUGAUAAUUUGCGCAAUUUGGGGGACUACAUACGCAAGCACCAGCGACCAAACUUUCAGCCCUUCUUCCAUGUAAAGGAGGUCAAGCACGAAGAGAGUGCUCAGGACAUUUACAUCACCGCUCGCGUUGUUCACGAGAUGACUGACCGAGGGUUGUUUCAUCUUGAAUCUAUCGUCAUCCCGGUGACUUCAGAGUCAUCACUGUUGUCUAUAGAUCUCCAUCUUACUGACGACCGGAUGAAGCCACACGUACGUCCCGGGUUUCCGAUCAGUGGAUUUCCAAGGAGCUUAGCGGAUGGCGAGCCACUGAAGAAAGCUACCUCACCUCCGUCACCAAAUCCCGAACGGCCCAAAAUGUCAAUCAAGCGUCAAUCGCUGCGUGAAAAGCGUCAUGCACACAACCGAGUCUCCCUCGAAAGACCCGCAAGCGACAGCAAUAUCACUUAUACAUGGCGUAACAACAUGGGCUCGGCACCAAACAACGCCAUUGGCCAUCCCUUCCCAGAAACACCCGACGAAACCCCCGACUGGGUCCGCCGUCGAUGCGAGACGAGCCGUCGCCCGCCCAAGCCCGUGCAACAAGAGGAGCACUACAUGCCACAGCCCUUGCCACAGCCCAUGCCCAUGCCCAUGCCCAUGCCCAUACUCGCACCCGUAUUCCAUGAACUUGAUGCCGGGCCUGCCAUGCCACUCAAGCCAGAAGACGAGCAAGUCGCUCGCGUCUUUGAAACGAGACAGGUAGAUCCUAGAUCCUCAAUACCGCGAGUCGUGAGGGAUGAACAUGGCCUAGACGGCGGCCGAACAGCUGAGCGUGAUGGUCAUGAUGCUUUUGCGCCGCUCAGGAGGACGGAUACUGGGACGGACGAGGAGGAAUUGGCAAAGGCGUUGGAAUUGUCGCUGCACAUUCACUGA